AUGUCUGGCGUAGAAAGUGAGCAGCAUCAGCCCGAACCCCUCCCAGACGAAGACGGCCCGCAGCGCAAGAGUGUCUCGGACGAAGAGGUGGAAGAGACCGAGCAUGGCCACCCAUCAGAGACACCUUCUGAGGCCGCUGUACAUCCUGCAGUCACAAUAACGGUUGAAGAUGCCGAUGCGGAAGACGAUUCUCCAGACGAGACAACGCAGGACAAUGCGGGUGACAAUGAAUCGCAAACCGACGGUACAACGCCCACUGAGUCUCAUGUGGAUUCCGGCGAAAUACGUCACUCACAGGAGCGGGUAGAUGCCUGGACUCCUGAUACUGCGAUUCCGUCCAAUGACUUAGAGGGUGCUGGAGAGAGCAAGGAAGACUCUCUGUCCCAACCUUCACAAGAUGACAGUACCGAACAAGCUCCGCAAGAGACAGUCCCAGCCGUCAGGCCGACGAGAUCAGAUUCGAGGUCUACGGUGGUGUCCCGGGCACUACCUGUCACUUCGACGGUCUUCGUAGUCAGUGCACUGGAGACCAUCGGGGCAGCGAAGGAGGUGCGCAAGAACAAGGAGUUUACAGAAGCUGUACAAGCAGCUUUGGCAAACAUCAAGAACUCGGAGCAACCAGUCAACCCAGAGAUCAUCUUUCAGCCUUUGCAGAUGGCCACAAAGUCGUUUAAUGUACCUUUACAAGUCACGGCACUCGACUGCAUCGGCAAGCUGAUCAGCUAUUCUUAUUUUGCGUUUCCAGCUGUUGCGACCAACCAUGCUGGUGACACCGACACACCGCCCCUCAUUGAGAGAGCAAUUGAGGCCAUUUGUGACUGUUUCGAGAACGAAGCGACCUCGGCUGAAAUCCAGCAGCAGAUCAUCAAAUCCUUACUUGCAGCUGUUUUGGAUGACAAAAUAGUAGUGCAUGGUGCCGGACUACUCAAAGCUGUCCGCCAAAUAUACAACAUCUUCAUCUAUUCAAAGUCUAGCCAGAACCAGCAAGUCGCGCAGGGAUCUCUUCUUCAGAUGAUCGCAACUGUGUUUGACCGAGUUCGAGUCAGAUUAGAUGUGAAAGAAGCGCGUCUCAGGGAGCAAACCUCCAAGUCUGAAGAGAAUCUUUCCGGGGAUGCCUCCGUGUUCGAAAACACGUCACUGAAUGGACUAAAUGGACAAUCGGAUACCCCUGAUCAAGAAACCCCUCCCCAGCUCUCGGACACGCCUGUCCAGGCGCCUGAAAAGCUAACCUUACAAAGCUUCGAGAAUACUAAGCAUCUUGAUGACGCAGUUGUGGCUGAUUCGGCCCCAACAACUGUGACGCGAGCCAAAAGAACCCGCAAGAAUACUCGGUCUAGUUCAGGUCCUAUUUCGCGAACGAGUCUCCAGGAAGAUCGUGAAGAAUCCGAGGAGGACGAAGACGACAUUUACAUCAAGGAUGCGUUUCUCGUUUUUCGAUCACUGUGCAAGCUCAGCCAAAAACCACUGAGCCACGACCAGCAGCAAGAUCUUCGAAGCCAAAAUAUGCGCUCUAAACUUCUUUCACUUCAUCUUAUUUAUCAUGUUAUCAACAACUAUACGACGGUAUUUACGUCGUCUUUCUCGGUUAUCAAAAGCGGCAAUAAUGAUGAAAAUACUCCAUUCCUACAAGUGGCCAAGCCACACUUAUGUCUCAGCCUUUCACGAAAUGCCUCCAGUUCGGUCCCACGGGUGUACCAAGUCUGCUGUGAGAUAUUCUGGCUUUCUCUGAAGCAUCUGCGCGUUUUGCUCAAGAAAGAGCUUGAAGUGUUUUUGAAGGAGAUUUAUCUAGCAGUUCUGGAAAGGCGGAGUGCGCCUCAGUUUCAGAAGCAGAUGUUCAUGGACGUCUUGGAGAGAUUGUCGGGCGAUCCCCGUGCUCUGGUGGAAGUCUACCUCAACUAUGACUGCGACCGCACUGCACUGGACAAUAUGUACCAAGAGAUUAUUGAACAUCUGUCGAGAAUCUGCAGUACUCCAGUGCUCAUCACACCAGUCCAGCAACACCAAUACCUGGAACACCAAGGGAAAUCAUCUGCUGCCAACUCAGAGUGGUAUUCUAAGGGGUCAUUACUCCCUAAUUUGACUACUUCUGCCCUUAGUCAUCCGCCACAAAUUCCUUCUCCGAUACCAGUGGAAUAUGUCUUGAAGCAGCAAUCACUCCGGUGUCUCACUGACAUCUUAACCUCACUCGAAAAUUGGUCCAGUCAGGAUCAGCCGCAGCUGACCAACGGAUCGCGCUACCCAGCUUCAAGAGGCUCUUUCGAGGACUCGAGAGAGUCUCUUGACUACGGAGAGAAACCUCCACCGUCGCCUCGUGCCCCCGGACUUGCCCCGGCUUCGGGUGUCUCAACACCUGUUGCCGAAGACGACCCCAAUGAGAUUGAAAAGAUCAGACAGAGAAAGUCGGCCUUGAAUGAGGCUAUACGACAAUUCAAUUUCAAACCCAAGCGAGGCAUCAAGGCCCUCAUAGCCGAGGGCUUCAUCCGAAGCAACAGUCCACAAGAUGUGGCAAAGUUUCUUUACGCCAAUGAUAGACUCGACAAAGCCAUAUUGGGAGAAUUUCUAGGCGAGGGUGACGAAUCGAACGUUGCAAUUAUGCAUGCAUUCGUUGAUCUUAUGGACUUCAGCAAGAGAAGAUUUGUGGAUGCUCUCAGGCAAUUCCUACAAAGCUUCCGACUUCCUGGAGAGGCUCAAAAGAUUGAUCGUUUCAUGCUGAAAUUCGCGGAACGCUACCUGAGCGGUAAUCCUAAUGCUUUUGCUAACGCGGACACGGCCUACGUACUGGGCUAUUCUGUAAUUUUGUUGAAUGUCGAUCAGCACAGUACCAAGAUGAAAGGCCCAAGAAUGACUGUGGAAGACUUUAUCAAGAACAACCGCGGUAUCAACGAUGGACAAGAUCUGCCUCGAGAUUACCUGACCUCCAUUUACGAGGAGAUCGCCAGAAACGAGAUUGUCCUAGCGUCCGAACGGGAGCAUGCUGCAGAGUUGGGAAUUGCGACUGCUACUUCGUCCACUGGACUUGCGUCAAGAGCUGGUCAAGUCUUUGCAAACGUCGGAAGAGAUUUACAGAAAGAAAAAUACGCUCAAGCCUCGGAAGAAAUGGCUAACAAGACGGAGCAAUUGUACCGAAGCCUUAUUCGUGCCCAGAAGCGGUCUGCCGUCCGUGAAGCCUUGUCCCGGUUCAUUCCUGCGACAUCAAUCAAGCAUGUCGGACCCAUGUUCAAUGUUACCUGGAUGUCUUUCCUAUCUGCAUUUUCAAGUCAAAUGCAAGAUGCGCAAAACCUUGACCUUAUCAAACAGUGCCUCGAUGGGUUACGACUAGCGAUCAGAAUAUCUUGCAGGUUUGAUCUCGAAACCCCGAGAGUUGCCUUCGUUACAGCCUUAGCCAAGUUUACGAAUUUGAGCAACUUGAAGGAGAUGGUGGCUAAGAAUCUGGAGGCUUUGAAAGUCCUCAUUGAUGUUGCACUGUCGGAAGGCGAUGUCCUGAAGUCGUCUUGGAGGGAGGUUCUCAUGUGCAUCAGCCAGCUUGACAGACUUCAGCUAUUGUCCACUGGAAUCGAUGAAGGUGUCAUUCCUGAUGUCACUCGAGCCAACAUCCCCGCACCCUCAAAUGCCAGAGAUAACAAUCGCAGUCGAAGGUCAAUGCAACCUGCCAAACGUCCAAGACCCAGAUCAUCACACAGCUUCCGUCCAGAAGUUGCAGACGAGACAAUGUCUUCUGAUAUGAUCCGCGGAGUGGAUCGAAUAUUCACCAACACUGCCAAGCUGUCAUCUGAAGCCAUUGUUGAUUUUAUCCGGGCUCUGAGUGAUGUUAGCUGGCAAGAGAUCCAAUCCUCGGGUAAUAGUGAUUCUCCAAGGACGUAUAGCUUACAAAAGCUGGUAGAGAUCAGCUAUUACAACAUGACCAGAGUCAGGAUAGAAUGGACGCGGAUAUGGGAGGUCCUAGGCGAGCAUUUUAAUCAAGUCGGCUGCCACAAUAACACCGCCGUCGUCUUCUUUGCGCUUGAUUCUCUUCGACAACUCUCAAUGAGAUUCCUGGAGAUUGAGGAAUUGCCUGGAUUCAAGUUUCAGAAAGACUUUCUGAAACCUUUCCAGCAUGUCAUGGCAAACAGUACGGUCGUUACAGUCAAGGACAUGGUAUUGAGGUGCCUCAUACAGAUGAUACAGGCUCGAGGUGACAACAUCAGAUCUGGCUGGAAGACGAUGUUUGGCGUGUUCUCGGUUGCCGCCAGAGAGCAGUACGAAGCCAUUGUCAACAUUGCUUUUGACUACACUACACAGAUCUACAACACUCGGUUUGGUGUUGUGAUCUCGCAAGGAUCGUUCCCGGAUCUGAUUAUCUGUCUAACCGAGUUUUCCAAGAACCUGAAAUUCCAGAAGAAAUCUCUGCAGGCCAUCGAAUUGCUGAAAUCCACAGUCCCUAAGAUGCUCAAGACUCCUGAAUGUCCGCUCUCUCGACGCCACGGGCAACCACCCCAGCUUGAUGCUUCAGGUGUUGUCGCAGGGGUGAAGCAACCGACAUCACAAACGGAGGAAGAGCAGUUCUGGUAUCCGGUACUCAUCGCUUACCAAGACGUCUUGAUGACGGGAGAAGAUCUGGAAGUUCGGUCAAGAGCUCUGAGUUAUCUAUUCGACACGUUGAUCAGAUACGGCGGAGACUUUCCGCCCGAAUUUUGGGAUACCUUGUGGCGUCAAGUGCUCUACCCAAUAUUUGUCGUGUUGCAGUCCAAGUCGGAAAUGUCUAAAGCUCCCAACCACGAGGAACUGUCCGUUUGGCUGUCUACCACCAUGAUUCAAGCCCUCCGACACAUGAUCACUCUUUUCACGCACUAUUUCGACUCGUUAGAGCACAUGUUGGACCGCUUUUUGGACCUCCUGACCUUGUGCAUUUGUCAGGAAAACGACACAAUAGCCCGGAUUGGCAGCAACUGCCUACAGCAGCUGAUUUUGCAGAAUGUCACAAAGUUCAGACCCGAGCACUGGGCGAGAAUUGUGACUGCCUUCGUCGAGCUAUUCAAUCGCACUACGGCUUAUGAACUCUUCUCCGCCGCGGCCACAAUGUCCGAUGCUCGGCCAACACCACCGGCUGAGGGAGGCGACGGCCUGAGCAUUUCGGGAAGCACAAUCGUCGCAACUCCUACAGAAAAUGGAACACAUCUCCCACCGGCCCUUUCCAGUCCACCCGCGGAUGCUCACAGGCCUGUCGUGACGCCUCCCGAGAUUUCACAGUCAGGCACAUCAGAACUAGAAGACUAUCGACCACAUUCAGAUAUGCAAGCACCUGCUCCAGUAGUGACGGUGGCACGUCGUCGCUUCUUCAACAAGAUCAUCACGAGCUGUGUCCUCCAGUUGCUUAUGAUCGAGACGGUUGCCGAACUCUUUUCCAAUGACUCGGUAUAUGCUCAAAUACCUUCGCCGGAACUUCUACGCCUCAUGACGCUGCUGAAAAAGUCAUACCAGUUCGCAAAAAAAUUCAACAGCGACAAGGAUCUGAGGAUGGCGUUAUGGCGACAAGGAUUCAUGAGGCAGCCACCCAAUCUAUUGAAACAAGAAUCUGGAUCCGCCAACACGUACGUCAGUAUCUUGCUGAGGAUGUACCAUGACGAAGGCGAGGAGAGGAGGUCAAGCAGAGACCAGACCGAAGGCGCCUUGAUCCCGCUAUGUGCGGACAUCAUCCGUUCGUUUAUCCUGCUCGAUGAAGAAACUCAGCAACGAAACAUCGUGGCCUGGAGACCUGUCGUCAUUGACGUGCUAGAGGGUUAUACGAACUUCCCCAAGGAAAGCUUUCAGAAACAUCUCGAUACAUUUUACCCUCUUUCCGUCGGCCUGCUCGAAAGGGAAAUCAACGCGGACCUUCGAUCUGCCCUUUGGGGCAUCUUCCGUCGCGUCGGCGAGCUCCAGUUCGGCAUGCCCGAGUUUGUCAUGACUCGAGGCCGAGAAGGAAGCGUGAGUUCGAUGAGGAACGGAAGUAUCGGUCCUACACCUUCAAGUCCGGGCCAUUCAGUGUCAUCGUUUGGUAAGGGCCGGAGAGGAAGCAGAGCAAGUCGUACUGGUGCAGUGUGA